GUGAUCGACAUUUUUUUUCGAAGCCCAGAGCUUAUGUUCAAAAUAUCUCAGUAACAUGGACAUUUUCGAUGGUUAUUAUUAUAAAAGUUGUAAAAGGUUUAUGUCAUUAUGUGGAUUGUGGCCUGAACAAAAUAACAAAAGUCGAUAUUUAAGGUUGAUUGUUUUCGUAAUCUUUAAUGCUUCAUUGGCGGUGCCACAGCUCAUUCUUUUAAUUCAACAGUUCGGAAAAGAUAUGGCAAUAACUUUUGAAAAUUCAGUUUCAGUUAUGUUUGCUUUAGGUGUAUUUGCGAAAUAUCUAGUUGCUUUUGUAAAUAAAAAGCGGCUUAGCUCACUGCUGGUGACCAUAGCCAAAGAUUGGCAAACGGUGACAGAUCGUAAGGAACGUGAAAUAUUAACUAAAAAUACUGCACAAGGUCGACUUUUACUAAUUAUCUAUACAUAUUAUAUACAUGGCGCAUGGGUAUUGUACACCCUCAUGCCCUUUCUACCCUUAGCAUUGGACUAUAUGCUACCUUUAAAUGACUCGCGCCCAGUAUUAAUGCCAUUUUAUGCAAAUUAUUUGUUCUUUGAACAAAGCGAUUAUCAUUAUUGGGCUUGUGGUCACAUUGCUGUAUCUUAUUUAGCACCACUUGUUCUAUUUUGUGGACUUGAUACAAUCUAUGUGAUAAGCGUCAAACAUACCUGUGGAUUAUUUGAAAUCGUAUGUCGCAGACUAGAGACUUUAUUAAAAAGUGAAAAGGGUCAACAAUUAAGUAAACUUCCAGAUAAUCCAGACCUAGUUAUGAAAUUAAGUGAAACGAUUCAAUUACACAAUGAUACUAUUGGAUGCUGCGAUUUACUAGAAAAUUCAUUUAAUUUGUGUUUUUUGAUGGUGAAUUGUAUGAGCGUGGUCACGAUAGCCUUGACUUGUGUAUAUAUACUUUUUGUUUAUAGUGAUUUGUUCAAAUUGAUACGGAUUGUUGCUUUCUUAGUUGGCUUAAUUAUGCAUUUAUUGUACUUGAACUGGGUUGGUCAACAAAUAAUUAAUAGCAGCGAACAGGUUUUUAUAUCUGCAUAUUUUAGUGACUGGUAUUUGAUACCAAACAGUACCAAAAAAUUCAUCAACAUAAUUAUGAUUCGUUCUUUAGUACCUUGUACACUAACGUCUGGCAAACUAGCAAAUCUUUCCAUGGAAAAUUUCGGAAUUGUAAUACAUAUAUAUGACAUUAGUUACAUAUAUAACGAUAAAUGGAUUUUAUGUUGGAAAUAAUCAUUAUGUAACUUUCAUAUUUUUCAGUUACUGAAAUCUGCGAUGUCGUACUUUACUGUGAUCUUAUCCUUUUAUGAAUAAAAAAGUUAAUUAAACGAUCAAAUCAUACGUUUCACAAUGAAACACAGUAGUAUUUAAUUGGGUAUUUUCUGUAAUGAACUUCUUUCAACUGUAAGUAUAAAUCGGUAUAAAUGAAAACAAAUUUUCAGAUACGAAGUAGAUUUUUAAUUCAAUAAAAAAUAUACAUUUAUUAUGUUAUGUUGUUUCAUCGUAUGAGGCAAUUCUGUUUGAUGUUUGAGUCAGGGAAAAGAACUUCCGAUGAGGAGGAUAAAACGAAGCCACG